UGGGCGCCUUGAAGUCUCGCGAGAUCCUGGCUGGGCCCAAUGGAACACUGGCCCCAGCUUAGAACUAAGGGCGAUUGUUGGGGGCGCGCGAGUGGGUGGCGAGCAACAUUUAGGCCCGUUUGCGGCCGUUGAGAGCAAAGAGCCGUAGCAAUGAAGGAGGAGAGAGAGCAUAGGCCUAAGGAGAAGCGAGUAACCCUCUUGACUCCCCCGGGGGCCACAGGCAGCGGCGGAGGGGCUUCGGGGGACAGCACCAAAGGGGAAGACAAGCAGGAUCGAAACAAGGAGAAGAAAGAGGCGCUGAGCAAGGUGGUAAUUAGGAGAUUACCUCCUAGUUUGACCAAGGAGCACCUUCAGAAACAUCUUCAGCCUCUGCCCGAGCAUGAUUACUUUGAGUUUUAUUCCUCUCUCUGCUGUCUUUAUCCUCCUAUGUACACCAGAGCAUACAUCAGCUUUAAAAACCAUUAGGACAUUAUUUUGUUCAGGGAUCUCUUUGACGGUUAUGUAUUCCUUGACAAUAAAGGUCAGGAAUAUCCUGCUAUAGUAGAAUUUGCACCUUUUCAAAAAGCUGCAAAAAAGAAGACUAAGAAAAGAGUUACCAAAGUUGGGACUAUCAAUGAUGAUCCAGAAUAUAGAACAUUUUUGGAAAGUUGUGUUGCAGAUAAUGAGAAAAUAACAUCUACUCCAGAGACACUGCUAGAGGAAAUAGAAGCAAAAAAUAGAGAAUGAAUAAUUUAUGUAGCUAAAAAGACAACCCCACUUUUGAGUUUCCUGAAAAACAAAGAAUGAGAGAAAAAAGAAGAAAGGAGGAUAUGAGAAAUAGAAAGAGAAAGACAAAGAGAAGAAGAGAGGAUGAACUGGAAAGAAGAAGAGAAACAAAAAAGGAAAGAUAGAGAAAAGUUAAGGAAGAGAGUUUCAGAAUGGGACGAUUUAAAUGAUGGACCAAAGAUUAAGGUUCUGUUACAAGCUGUGAAUCAGAAAAAUCUGCUUAAGACAUCAGAAAAAGGAGAUGAAAAAGAAUUGGACAAAAGAGAAAAAGCCAAGAAACUGGACAAAGAGAAUCUGAAUGAUGAAAGAGCCAGCGGGCAAAGUUGUACACUGCCCAAGGAUUCUGAUGGCCAACUUAAAGAUGAAAAGCUUAAAAGGUCAUUAGUAGAGGAUGAGAGUAGUAGAGACUACAGGGAUAGGGAACGGGUUUAUGAACGAGAUCAAGAGCGCAUACUGAGGGAAAGAGAGAGGCUGAAGCGGCAAGAGGAAGAACGCCAGGGGCAGAAGGAGCGCUAUGAGAAAGAGAAGGCUUUUAAAAGGAAGGAAGAAGAAAUGAGAAUAGAGAAAGACACACGGGAUAAAGGAAAGAAAACCGAAAGCAGAGAAUCAGUAGGCAGUGCAGAAAAAAUUGAAAAGAAAGAGGAGGUGUUUAAAAGAGAUCGCAUAGAAACAAAGGAUCGCCCAGCAAUGCAGCUUUACCAACCAGGAGCUCGAAGCCGAAAUCGACUCUGUCCUCCUGAUGACAGCACCAAGUCUGGAGAUUCAGCAAUAGAAAAGAAGCAGGAAAGUGGUAUUAGCCAUAGAAAAGAAGAAGGAGAGGAGUGAUUAAGUCCAAAUGGCCUUUGGUGUCCUGACUGUCUAGGCAGCAGAAGAGCACGCAUUAAGCAAUCCAGAAGUGCCUUCAGGGCAAAGGAAUAGAGAGGAAGAAAGGGGGCCACUGUGCUGGUGAGGUACACUGCAGAGGAGUAUGAUUUUUUGUGUCAAAGCAAGAAUAUGAUUGCAGGUUCAGGCUGGAAGUACAAUUUUAAAUUUUUAUGCAAUUCCUACAGAUGAAGUUUAAAGUGUCAGACAAAGAUGAGGGAGAGGACAUGCAUUCCAAUUUGCAGGCAGGAAGUGUCAAGUGAGGACUUAGGUAUGACACAAGAAGAAAACAAGAGCUGGCUCUAAAAUCAAAAGGUUUUGUUAGUCCUGGGUUGAAUUUUCUUUGAGUGGAGCAAAGUCACUUUUAAGUCUUGUUCAGAUCUAGUUAUAUUCAUUGUUGGUGAUAACUGUUGACUUUGUGUACUGUAGAUGCAACAAGCAUGUAAUUGUACAAGUACAAGGAAGGAGAGACAAAUUUUCAUUUAUGCAAAAUUUAAAUAGUCAAGUCUCAUGUCUAUAUCUUGUGUCCUAAAGUUUUAGGAUUAGUUUUAGUCUUUUGUUUACUUACUUGAGCUUAGCAUAAAGAAUAUAUUUAAUGUCCUUUCGCCUUUAGCAAUUUUUAUAGUAAGUAAAAUUUAACCCUUGUUUGGUUCUUGACAGUCCAGUUUUUGUUUUGUCUUAGGUCUAUGAUCUGAGUGCACAGCCUCUCCAGGAAGGAAACUACACCAGUAUUUGUUCCUGUUAAAUAGCACCUUUUACUCUUACUUAUUUUGCAUUGAUAUCAAUAAAUAUUAACAUCACUCAA